GUCACUACCGCACCUGCGCAGCCAUCUUGAACAUUUAGCAAGGAACGGGCACAGAAAGGCAGAAAUAAGGGAGCCAAAUAUACCAACCUAACUGGAUGACACAAGGUUAUGUCCGCUAGGAUCAAGGCUGUAUGAGACAACAAAAGUCGAAUAGAGCGGAACGAUCAGGGGCAGUAACGGUGACGGUAAACAACCAUCUAAGUGCCUCUGAUAACCGGACAUACAAGCCGUCUUUUUUGCCGGAGUAGGAAGGAAGCGCCGAUUUGCCGACAGAAAAACACAUCGACAUUGAAAACAUGAAUCCCGAAUAUGACUACCUGUUCAAGCUCCUGCUCAUUGGAGACUCUGGUGUAGGAAAGUCUUGUCUCCUGCUGCGCUUUGCUGAUGACACCUACACAGAGAGCUACAUCAGCACCAUUGGAGGGGACUUUAAGAUUCGCACCAUCGAGCUGGAUGGCAAGACCAUCAAGCUGCAGAUUUGGGACACUGCGGGUCAGGAGAGGUUUCGCACCAUCACCUCCAGUUACUAUCGUGGAGCUCAUGGCAUCAUAGUUGUUUAUGAUGUGACAGAUCAGGAGUCCUAUAACAAUGUCAAACAGUGGCUGCAGGAAAUUGACCGCUAUGCCAGUGAAAAUGUCAACAAGCUUCUGGUGGGCAACAAGUGUGACCAGACCACUAAGAAAGUAGUGGACUAUACAACUGCAAAGGAGUUUGCUGACUCUUUGGCUAUCCCCUUUCUGGAGACGAGCGCCAAGAAUGCCACCAAUGUAGAGCAAGCGUUCAUGACCAUGGCAGCCGAGAUCAAGAAGCGCAUGGGUCCCGGGGCCACAGCCGGUGGCGACAAGCCCAACUUAAAAAUCGAGAGCACCCCUGUCAGGCAGUCUGGAGGGGGCUGCUGUUAAAGGACCUACUCUCUCACCACAUCAGCCAUGUCUUCACUGAAAUUUCAGUGUCUUCUCUUCUCUGUGUUCCCUCCCAUCACCUGUACCACUCACUCCCCACCAUUCCUUUAGAACACCAUAUAACCUACACCCCCCACCCUGACUGUCCCUCUGUCACCUGCUUGGACAGAGGAGUAAACUGCAAGAAUGUUUAUGUCAGAUUGAAUCUAUAAGAGGGUUAAUUCAGGCCUGUAGAGCCUCCAGACUACACAGAGAUGAAGGCAACCAGUAAACAGACACUGAGUCAACUUUUAUUUUCUGCCAAGAAGGCAGAAUAUGAUGUGGCAGACGUUCGGUAUUGAUUUAGAGUGAAAUGGAAGUGCAAGAUUACAUUUAGAUACAAGUGAGGUUAUCUCUACAAAAACACACUCAUGCACAUAGUAGUCAGGUGGCGUGGGUUGCAGAAAUUUAAGCCUUUUGGCCAAACGCAUUUCUCCUCGGGCCGUGUCCGUAUUUGCUGAUCUCAACCCAAACUUUGUUCCCUAGAAUUCAUUACAUGCGCACAGUCACACAGCUACACACUGUAGAUGACCUGCACUCAGUAGGAUAUGUUCCUGAAUAGUUGCAGUCUGCUAACAGUGACUCAUCAUUGCUACUUCCUGAAGAGGGUCCAGGGAAAGCCCAAUCAGGGAGCCUCCUCUCUCCCAUCUGUCUCCUUCCUCUACUGAUUCACUUUUUUAUAGUGUGUUUAGACAAAAAGCAAGGUGAAUGUUUUUAUUAUUUAACUCAUGUUUGAGGAGUCUGCAUUCUUUAGCCUCAGCUAGCCAAUAUACUAACCAUGCAGACAUAUGCUGUGAGCCAGCAAGAAACAAACCCAUUGACUGUGUCUAAGGGAAUCUCUUUCUGUGCAUCGUCUCUGCUGUUUUGCUCAUGUCUGUAUGUUUUGAAGCAGUUAACACCCCCCCCCCCGCGCCCAACUCAAGCAUUCAUGUCUAACUCUGCUCGUGCUCAUGUAUCUGUCAUGUUUAAUGUACAGUCACAUUGUCUUUUGUGUCUGAACACACUUUGUUUUCACUCUUCUUCAAACAAACUGGGUCUCUCUGCUAAGGCAUUUAUGGUGCUGCGCUCAGUUGUAUCCAUGUAAAGAGAUGGGAAGUAGCUGUGUGAAAGAUGGGAAAAGGAGCACUUGCUUUCAGUCUCUUUAUAGUGGCCAGUUGUGUAAAAAUGCAAGUAAGCAAACUGGUUUGAUGCAGCCCCACAUUCCACUAUAAGAAAGCAGGUUUCAGCUGCACUGUCAUACUUUAAUUUGGAGCACGCUGAAACUUUGUUGGUAUUUGUGUCACCAGUCUGAUUUUUUUUUUUGGGUCAAAAAUUCUGCUAUCAAUUAAUCCACCUAUAUUUUUAUUCAUCUGUACAUCUACAUACAUACAGUAUAUGAUUAUUGUCAUGGAGAUGGAGCUUCUUUGUUGGAUAAACUGUGAGACCAUUUCUAAAUUAUCCCAAGCAUCUUUUUCCAUGCUAUGGUCUGUUAAAAAGGUUUUUAUAUUGGACAGUAGACAUGCUGAUUUGCCUUAGGUCAUGAAAAUAUUUCUGAGACAUUGCAUGUAGAUAGUGAGACAUGACAAAGCUGGAGGUGAAGGCAUUUACUCAGACUUACCCACGUUUCACCCAAAGGCUACAAAACCUCGAGUCCCAGGAACUUUUUUCAUUGCAGUCUGAAGUCCUGGGACAGUUAGUCCACUGAAAUAUGUAAAGGACUGGAACGCAAUAAAGAUGAGCAGCCAUUUUAUAUUGUGUUGCUUCCUGUUCUCUGCUCUCUGUCUGUCUGACUGUCCAGGCUGAGUACAGUACACAGAGCAGAGAGGCCACGGUGGACAGGAUGAAUUUGCUCUUUGGUGGCAUUAAAGUGCCUUCCCAUUGGGUCGUGUGGAAGGGUCGUCACACUUCUUUGUGUUUUAGAAUGUAACCACUGUGAAACUGAGAAUAUUAUUUAAUUUCUCUGCAUAACUGCUUUGUUUUGGCUAACACCGCUCCUCAGCUCGCUUUACCGCCGCUGCUUCUCUCUUGCUCAAUUAACCGUUUACGAAGAGUAAAAAUUUCUGCCCGACAGCAAUUUAAGAGCUACAGAGGAGACUGAGGGCGAAAUAACUCAGCUAGCUGAAAUCGUGUGAGUACAAGACCAAAAUGUUCAGCGCUGCAAGCACCACCUCAGAGUUCCUGAACUAUCAGAAACUAGAAGUUUUUUAGGAGCUAAAAUCAUUUUCAUUGGGACUAAAUUUCAGCCCCUGCAGUGGAAACUCUAAAGGAGCUGAGUUCCUGAGGAAGGUUCUUGUGAUAGAAACAGGGCUUUAUUCUGACAAAAGGAAACCAGUGACAAUAUCCUGCAAUGAUCUUAAAAUAAAUUUUUUGUUAGUAUUGUGGUUUUAUUGUUUGGGUUUUUGUUUGUUUGUUUUUUGUUUGUUUAUGUAUUGUCUAAUUGAGUUUUUUUUUGUACAGUUAGCUCUGUUAAGCGCAGAUUUCAGGUCAUUUCCUUCUUGCUUGUUGCAAGAAGCAAGUGGCGUGGGUGUGUCUGCUGGCUGAGGGAGUGGGGGAGUGUGUGUGUGUGGGGGGGUGUUUCAGACAAACUAUUGUUCUUUUCCUGUGAUGAACCACGUGUGUUUUGUUCCAUCCCAGAAUACGCCUGGUUCUUCAGCGGGUUCUUUAGUGCUGUUCUUUGUGUAAUUUCCUUUAUAUUUGUGUGGGAUUUUUAAAGCCUUGUAAGAAAUAUUGUCCAAUCACAUCCCUAGACAAGAAUGUUUUCAGGUGCUCUGAACAGUGAAUCGUAGUAAUGUGGCUGCCAGUGCAAAAAAACAAAAAACAAACUAUCCCCUUUAAAGCUGGCAGCAAGUGCAUCUGUUUUUUAUUUUCUGUUUGUUUGUUGCCUAAACUUUCAACUGGAACUUUUGUAUAUUUGACAACUGCGCAGACUACCUGAAGUUGUGAAAUGUGGGAGAAAAGAUUGUUUAAUGGUAGUAAGCUGACUGAAGCAGAUCAGUUAGAAAAACAAAAGAUUUUCAGCAGAAAUUCAGCUCCCAGAAUAGUUUUCAGUGAGCUUUGAUACCGGCACUGAGAGGAGCAAGCUGGAGUGAGCAGAUUUGAAGAGCCGUUAGCCAUUUUCCAAUACUGUCAGCUGUUGGAGUAGUGAUGCUGGAAUUAGAAAGGUAGGAGUCUGUUUACAUGCCUGGAGCCUGAAGCGCCUCUGUGCUUCUCUGAACUGUAUUAGGUCCCGGUAGUAUUUCCAGGGAAACUUGUAGGAAUGUGAGCAACAGAGUAUCCCACUGCCCUGACUGAGGGGCCUCCACACAACAGUGAAAAUCAGCUUCUGUACAUGAAACCUGAUCAGUGUGAGCCACAGCAUGUUACCCUGUGAGAACUGGAAAAAAAAAGUUAGAUUUUAAAAUAUACUGUGCAGGAAUAGCUCUCGCUGCCUUCUGUUAUUUGGGACGCAGCUGUACGUACCAGCUGUGGUCACUGUUAUCAUGUGUCUUGUGUUUCUGUCUUGUUCUUGAUCUUCUGACCAAAUUUGAGCUCCCAACUAUCCCCUCUUUCCAAAUAUGUCACAGAAACUAGAUGAAUUCCUCAAGAUCAGCCCAGUCUCUGACCAGUUCCUGCUGUCACACAGGUGACGCUCACCCUAGCUUGGCUCACAUUCCUGGUUCUCUCUUCAAGAAGAACCUGGCAACAUUUUUGAGCUGAGGUGAAGUUAUCACAAAGAGCAUGAAUAUGCUGUCCAUAUGCCUGACUGACUCUCCAGUGAAUCAGGUGUAACAGUAGCCUAACCUGAAGAUGAGGUUUGUGUGGAGCCAAACUGGAAGCUCCAGUUUUCAAGUGUGGGAUUUGAAUUUGACAUCAGGGGCGGGGAAGGCAGCGUGAAGUGUGUGGGGGGGGGGGCAGAGUGGGUGUCGUGGCGUAACAUUUCAGAACUUUUGGGACACAAUUUGACAUCCUGGCAUUACACCAGUCUCAAUUAAGUAGAUGCUGAACAAGCAAUAAUUUAAAUCUUACACACACACGAUGAUGAUGAUGAUGUGCUUUGAUGAUUAAUUUCUUCUUUAAAUGUUUUCUAUCAGCCAGUCUUAAUAUUCUUUAAUGUAGUCAUUGAAUACUAUACUGUUGUCUAGGCCAAGGAAGUAUGAGGGGACACUGGACAGGGUGUGGUUAAACACUUGCAGAGUGGGGAUUUUGGUUCUGAAUGUGAUUCAUGUGAAACACUUGACUUUAUUUUAAAUUGCCAUUUUGAUUUCUUUUGGGUGAAUUUGUUUUUCUUUGUCAUUUGCGCACUCAUUCGUUGCUGUUCAGUGGCUUAAUAAAGACGCAGUAGUUGGUGUUUGUUCAUAAAAACAGGAGUUCAGCUGUCA